AUGUAUCCCACCACAUUCAAAUUGAGGAAGCUCAUUGGGGUAUGCUUUUUGGCCCUUUACCUUCUUUUAGGUGUACCUCUAUGGUAUAAACUGACAACUACUUAUAGAGCUCCGUUACCCAUUGAGUAUAUCCAAGCAUUGCAUGACGAUAGAUUACACGAUAUACAUAUGGUGAUACCUGUUUACCUCAAAUGUGAUAGUUAUAAGUUCCCCGAUCUGCAUAAGGCUGUUCAAGUGCAAGUGAACAGUUUACUGGAUACAAAGGAUCAGGGCAUACCAUGGUCACUGCAAUUGAUGCCCUACGAUGCAGAAAAACUGCAGGACAGUAAUAAUCUAAAUGGUAGUGAUUAUCAUGUGGUGAAUUUAGUCUUGGAUGAAGCUGUUGGAUUCUCACUGGCUUACGAUACAAAGGAAACAACGGUGUUCUUUGAUGAUCCAUCUAUAAUCACUAACGAUUUACCAUUCUUCAUUGCACAGACUCUUGUCGAGCAUGCCUUUGAACUAGAAUGGUCAGUACUGUCUGGUGAUGAAAGACUAGAGGUAACAAACAGUAUGGCGAUUUCUUAUCGACCAAAUAUCCAUUUGAGUAUUUCACUGUUAACAGGUGACGGGUAUCCAGUAUCAUGGGAAAUCGAUUCUACUCUAAAGAAGUACUUUUCACCUUUGAGGAAAUUUUUAUCACCAUUGGUAAAUUUUACAGUGGAUACAGGUAUCCUCUAUUACAACGAUUUAAAUCUGCACACUUUGAACAAUAGACAAAAUGUGACAUGGAAAGAUUUAUCCCAUGCGGUCGACCUCUCUGAAUUGUUAUCAAUGAACUAUUUCUCUGAAGCUGCAAGUCUCAACUUGGCUAUUGUUUUCCCCAGUGAACAGAAUAGCAAAGAUGGAUUCAAUUUUAUCAAUGAUAACUGGUAUAGUUUCCUUGUGCCACAGUGGGGGAUGCUCACCAUUAAUAAGUACCCACUAAAACAAAACUCGUCGUUAACUGAGAAUUAUUUGACACCAAUCAUGUAUCAAUUUGCUACAGAUAUUUUUCAACUAUUGGGUCUUAAGAAAGACUCGCAAGAGUUGACUUCACCAUGUAUUACUAUUGAUUCUUUCAGAAGAAUUACUAUUUUGCAAAAUAUCCAUAAGGCAGAGGAAACUCUUUGGUCAUUAGUCAAAUUGACUCAAUCCUUCCAGACGAUGUCAAUUCCUGAGGAGGUUCUUGGCAACGUUACCGAGGCACUAGACUUGCGUUUACAAAUCAUCGAUAUGCUUAAUGACCCAUUACAAGGUGGUGAUGAAUCGUGGAAUCGUGCAUUGAUUUUAAGCAAUAAAUUGGUAGAAUUAUCCGAAGCUGCAUUUUUCCACGGUGAAAUGGUUCAACAAAAUUUCUUCCCACAAGAACACAAAUUGGCAGUAUACCUACCUCUGCUGGGUCCAAUUACCGUAGUGACAUUUUUUGGAUUCAUUAGAUUGAUCAAAGAGAAACCUGAUGGUAAGAAAAGACACUCAAAUGGAUCAGAAAAAUCCAGUGAAAUCGAAGGUAAAAAGAGUAAUUGA